GUUGUUUUCUGUUGCGUUCGUUGGCGCUGCGCCUCGUGAAAUUAGAGGUAGACAAAAAAAAAAAAAAAAGUCAUUGGGUUGGAAGCUCUGAGAGAGAAUCCUCUGACCCACCUGCUCCUCCUUCUCCAUCAGAGGCAUUUCAGUUGGAAGAUUGUGAAAGUCUAUCUGCAUCACUUCAUCUGUAUUGACUGUGUUGAAUUGUGUCAAAGUCUGCAAUACUGUAUUUAUACAUUCUUGAGCUCCUAGUGAGACCUUCUCUUGAUAAAAUAAUGGCUCUUCCUGGUUCCCUGCAGCUGUCCCAUGGAUUGGGACUUUGCAGGAACCUGAGCUGCAAUAAACAUUCGAGGGUAACGGGAAGAGGCAAGUUACAUUUAUUGAAAGCAGGUCCUUCAUAUCCUAUUUUGGGCUGCAGGGGAUUUCAACUUCUUCGUCAUAUAAACAAGCCAACUCAUACAUUGUCUUGCAAAUCCCGCUCUUUUAAGUGCCAUUGUUUUUUAGUACCAGGCCCGCCAAGUGAGCUGCCUGCUGUUAAGGUGGUUGCUACGGCACUGGCAAGGUCUUGUAAUGUUUUACAAAGUAGUCCUGCCAUUGUAAAGUUGAUUCCUGCAGUUGGCAUUAUCAUUUUUGCAGUAUGGGGUGUUGGUCCAUUAAUGUUUCAGACAAGGAAACUGUUUUUUCAAAGGAGUGAUAAUAGUUGGAAAAAAAGUACCACUCAUUAUGUAGUAACUUCUUACCUUCAGCCAUUGCUGUUAUGGACUGGAGCAAUGCUUAUUUGCAGAGCAUUGGAGCCGGUAAUUCUACCCUCAGCAACUGGCCAGGUUGUUAAGGAACGGCUUUUGAAUUUCAUAAGAUCAUUGUCAACUGUACUAGCUUUCACCUAUUGUUUAUCAAGUGUAAUUCAACAAGCACAGAAAUUCUUAGCAGAGAGCGCUGAUGCAAAUGAGACAAGAAAUAUGGGAUUCCAAUUUGCGGGCAAAGCUGUUUAUUCUGCAGUAUGGAUUGCUGCCGUUUCAUUGUUUAUGGAAUUGCUGGGCUUCUCUACCCAGAAAUGGGUUACUGCAGGAGGUCUUGGGACAGUUUUGUUGACUCUUGCUGGUCGUGAGAUAUUUACAAACUUCCUUUCAAGCGCCAUGAUUCAUGCAACUCGGCCUUUUGUGGUUAAUGAAUGGAUUCAAACCAAUAUUGAAGGAUAUGAGGUUUCCGGUACUGUGGAGCAUGUUGGCUGGUGGUCACCAACAAUUAUAAGAGGUGAAGAUCGUGAAGCUGUACACAUUCCAAACCACAAAUUUACAGUGAAUGUUGUGCGGAACCUCAGUCAAAAAACACAUUGGCGAAUCAAAACUCACCUAGCCAUUAGUCAUUUGGAUGUAAAUAAGAUUAAUAACAUUGUUGCUGACAUGCGGAAAGUAUUAGCCAAAAAUCCUCAAGUUGAGCAGCAGAGGUUGCACAGGAGAGUGUUUUUGGACAAUAUCAAUCCUGAAAAUCAGGCUCUUUUGAUUCUGGUGUCUUGUUUUGUUAAGACCUCACAUUUUGAAGAAUAUUUGUGUGUUAAGGAAACUAUACUAUUGGAUCUUCUUAGAGUUAUCGGCCAUCACCGGGCCCGACUUGCAACACCAGUCCGUACCCUGCAGAAAAUAUACAGUGAUGCUGACUUGGAUAACAUACCAUAUGCAGAUUCCACAUUUAGUGGUGCUGGAACAGUAUCUAAGCGUCCAUUAUUAAUGAUUGAAUCGCCUUACAAGAUCAAUGCAGAUGAUAAGAUGAAAAGUCGAUCAGCACGACCAGGUGUUGAUCAAGAUAACAAGACAACUGCGCGAACCAAACUCGACACCAAGACAGAUGCAAAGGUUGAACCAAUGGGAGGACCAGACACCAAGGUUAGAGGAACUCAAGAUGACCAUGAGGUGGACACCAAAGUUGUGACAUCUAAUUCUGAUGCAAAUGGAAACUCUAAGACUGUUAUAACACCCAAACCCGAUCCUGAAGUGGGUGAAAACAAGCCACAAUCAGAUUCAAACAAGGCAAAUGUGGAGGUGCCAGAAAUGUCUUCUUCCAACUCCAAAGAAACUGGUUUGGUGGUAGAUAAUUCAACCCAGAAGGACAUCAAUGUCAAACAAUCCAAGGGUCAGACCAUUAAAAACAUUAAGCCGAACAUUGACAGUGUAGUUUCCUCCUCAUCAACUAGCAAUGCUGACAAUGCUGGUGGACUUUCUAUGAAUAUGCCAACAAAACAGCAAGGGGAAAGGAAACCUGCUGCACAGCCUCAUGCAUCUAGACCUGUUCUUGAAGAUAAUAUAGUUCUGGGUGUUGCAUUGGACGGAUCAAAGAGGACCCUUCCCAUUGAUGAGGAGGUUGACACUGUGACAUCUCGAGAGGCAAAAGAAAUGGCUGCAUGCCAGGGUGGAAAUGGAUCUCCAAAUGGUGCAGAUGUGAAUGACAAGUAAGAUUGUAGUUCCUCCAAGUGGGACAUCUAGUCAUCAGUGAAUUUAACUUGUUACUUGUUUAAAGGCUCAUUGUCCCAAGUCCAGUUCACUGCUGACUUAGAACCACUUUCCCAUCUGUAAGAAGCUGUAUAUAUUAUUUAUCAUUUCCUGUGUCUUACACCCCUUCUUAAAAGGUCUCGGAGCUAAUGUUGUCAUAUCAUUUCAUUAUUUUUGCUGUUUCAACGAUAGAUGGAAAAGUAAAGUUUCUUCGAUGAUUAGAUUGUAUCAAAUCGGCAACUACAGAAUUUUAUGUAACUACAAGA